AUUUAGUAGCUUAUUACGACUGGAUAUUUUGUGAUCUUUAAGAGAAAUAAUUAAUCUCAUGUUGUCAAAACUACUUGAGUUAAAGUAACAAUUUUAAAUGCUUCUUUAUUUCGCAGAUUCGAGUGAAACUCUUUUCAUUUACUUCAAAAUCCGUGACUAUUAUUAUUUAGGUUAUUUUUGUAUAGAUUAUGUUUCAGGCGGGAUCGGACCAUAGAAAAAGAACGAGCAUAUCAGUAUCAAGUGGUUUUUCGAGGCAGCUAGAGCUCAAAACGUCAGUUCAGUGAAUCAGUUAGGACCAUUGAAAAGGGUCUCAAUAGCGUAUAACGAGUGUUUGCAAUAGAUUAAUAAACUUUCUUUGUGCAUUGGGAUUUUUGUAGAACUAAAAUCUCUUACAGUGGAUAAUGUUUUUUUUAACAAAUGAAAAUUCCCGCAAGUUGGUACCCUAAGCAGAGCUGGGAUGUUUUAUGAGACCUAUUUGGUGAAGAUUAUCCCAUACAGAAAGUGAUACAACUGAAACGCCCAUUGAAGAAGUUACCAACGCCCUCUACGGCAAAAGCAUAAAAUUCGCUAUGACACACGAUUUGGCAAUUAAAUUGCCGGAGAUGAUGUUCGAUGGCGCCACAUUUCGUAUUUCUCCACGUUCAUUCGAAGGGAACGGAAUUAUUGCAAAGCUGGAGUUGAUACCAAAACAGGAGGUGGAAGCCCGUUUGGCCGGCAAAAUAAUCAUGAAGAAGAUACAGAAAUUUUUGCGCAGCAAGCUAUUGCUAUCAUUUCUGGCGCUUGUGCUCAUUAUUAAAAUCAUCAAAAUCAAAUUGUUCUGGCUGUUGCCAUUGGUGAUAGGUGUCGGCGCUGCCAAGAAGUUGCUGCUCAAAUUCCUUCUCUUCCUCUUUCCCGCAUUGUCACAUCUCUUCAAGCUGUGCUCCUACUAUCAACAGACGUAUCACUCCACCAAGUAUCAUCACCACCAUCAUCUUAUCGACCAUCAUCACACG